AUGCGGCUGAUAUUCAGUCCCUUGGGAAUCUUCUUGUGCCUCCUCGUGUGGGUGUGCGCGCUGGUGGCCAACACGGUCACCGUUCGUUUCAUUCUUUCCCCCCUCUUCACUCACCAGGAGCCAGUCGAGAGUCCACGCUCUGGCUGGCUCUGGGGAAUUUUCGGUCGCCAGUUUUCACGUGAGCCGUUGGCUCCUCGAGACAACGGUUACACGGUCCUGGGUAUCUUUCUUUUGAUCCUGCACGAGCUCUCGGUUGUCUUCGCGCUGACGGCGCAUUUGCUGGCAGUCUUCACUGACCCUGGCUCUACCAAACAUGCACCAAGUCAGGUACCUCCGAAUCUCCCGUUCCCCCCAGGACAGUGUUCCCCGUGUAAAGGUCGCUGGAAGCCACCACGGGCGCACCACUGCAAGGUUUGCAAAGAGUGCAUUUUCCGGAUGGAUCAUCAUUGUCCGUGGAUAAACAACUGCGUUGGAUUGAUGAACCAGAAGUACUUUAUCCUUUUUCUUAUCUACAUCAGCUGCGCGUGCACUAUCAGCAUCCUUAUAUUUGGUAUAGGGGCGUUCAAGUGGUUCCUGCUCUCGGGCCCAGAGAAAGAGGUUGUUGAGGCCAAAUUUGCAAGUCUUGCGCCCCCGUGGCUCUUAGUCACCUCUUUGGUACUGUGCCUCGCCGUACUCGUCUUCUUCCUGGCAAUGUCUCUGGACUUCCUGUCUGAGCAAUGGGAGGCCCUGGAGUCGAACACCACCCUGGUGGAGACUUACAAGAAUACCCAUGGCGCGCGGACAACUUUCUUCCAGCAUGUAGCUGAAGUGUUCGGUCCCACGUGGUGGCUUUGGUUAAUUCCGUGUCCGCCGUCAAUUUCACCUGACUGGGCAGAGCCCGUGUAUCUCGAGGAAGAUCCUGCCGGCAAGACCCCGUGGUUCUUCGAAAACGGAACCACUUUUUCAAUGACGGACUCCCAUCGGCGAGAGAGCAUCGAGCUCGUGUCCGCGGGAUUCUCACGGGAAAGGACUGACUUGCGGGAAAGAUUUCCGUCAGCUGUGAUGAGGCCAAAAUCCGUUGUCGGAACCUAG